ACGAUGUACUUUUGAGCGCAAUAAAGACGAGGAAAAUUGUUGGAAAAAUCUCAAAAAAUUCUUUUUCGUUCCUUAAAAAUGAGAAACAUUCGUGGCUUGUUAUUAGUUAAGUUAAAUUGCAUAUAUAUUGCCAAAAAAAAAUCAGUCGAUUGACGACAUUAGUUAACAGAUGAUUGAGGAAAAUCUGUCUUAUUAAAGGAAACAACCGUUUAAUGAGAAAUGAAAGACAGACAAUUAAUCAUUUAUGUCAUGAUCAUUGAAAUGAGGACAUCCAGUUACAUAAAAAUGACAAUAAGGUAUUGAUUAUACAGCAACAACAAUCUGCGUGGGAAAAAUCAAUAAAAUUUGAAUAAAAUUUCGACUUACCACAAACAAUGGGAUUUAAAAGGGUAAUUAAAACACACUUAUAGCUUAUAGCUUAAUUAUAAUUAACAUAGAUUGAAAUAGUUUCUUUAAAAUCAAUAAUUGUUAAUUCUGUUUUUCCAGAUUUUCUCAUCAAAUUUUUACAAUUUUCUUUAUCACUCAUUUUUCGAGCUUUUCUAUUACAAUUUUAAUUUUGAUUUCACGCUUUUCUCACACAAAAGUGUUUAUUUUGAUUUAAUCAUUAGUCUUUUACUCAUUAAUCACUAGUUUUUGAUUUUUUAAUUCACAAUAAGAAAAAAGAAUUUUCACAAAGAAAAUAAGUGAAAAUCUACACUGUUAAAAAUUUCCACGCAUUCUACAAUACACUGUAAAAACAACAUUAAAAUGUAAACAUUGAAUCCAAAAAUAUCGUGGUUUAAACAAAAUUAAAGUUUUAUUGCCUUAAUUCAACAUGUCUCGAUUAACUACGUUAUCAAUUAAACAGUUGUCGAGGAAAUUUGAUGAAAAAUCGAUUUGUCCAAAAGAAUUGACUAUAAAAACAUUCUCAAGAAUUAAGGAAGACAAUAAAAAGCUUAAUGUAUUUACGGCAUUAACUGAAGAUCAUGCGAUAAGAAAGGCAGGUGAAUCAGCUAUGAGAAUCAAUGAUGGGAAGAAGCUGCCACUUGAUGGAAUAUUAGUUUCGGUCAAAGACAAUUUCUGCACAAAAUCAGUUCCAACAACUUGUGCCUCAAAAAUGCUGAAAAAUUUCACACCUACAUAUAAUGCAACAGUUUAUGAUAAAUUAGAAAAAGCCGGAGCAAUUCUCGUCGGUAAGACGAAUUUAGACGAGUUUGGUAUGGGAUCAGGCUGCAUAGAUUCAAUUUUUGGAUCAUCGAAGAAUUUCUGGAGUGAAGAUUAUAAUAAUCCUCGAAUUUGUGGUGGAUCGUCAGGCGGUUCCGCUACUUCUGUUGCUGCUGGAUUUUGUAUGGCUUCUCUUGGAUCAGAUACAGGAGGAUCAACAAGAAAUCCAGCAUCAUAUUGCGGUGUUGUGGGAUUUAAACCAACCUAUGGUCUACUGUCAAGGCAUGGAUUGAUUCCAUUAGUUAAUUCAAUGGAUGUUCCUGGAAUUUUGACAAAAUCUGUUGAUGACUGCCUUCAAAUAUUCAAUACAAUUGCUGGACCUGACAAAUUAGAUUCCACGACGAUUAAAAAGCCAUUUAAUCCAAUUGAAUUACUUAAACAAAUUGAUUUUAAGAACUUGAAAGUUGGAAUUCCUAGAGAAUACAAUUGUGAAGGACUAACUUCAGAAGUGCUUGAAGCAUGGACGAAAAUGGCUGAUUUUCUGGAAGAGAAUGGUGCUCAAAUUCAUGAAAUAUCAAUGCCGUACACAACGUCCUCAAUUUUUGUCUAUUCUAUACUUAAUCAAUGUGAAGUAUCCAGUAACUUCUCUAGAUAUGAUGGAAUAGAAUAUGGACAUAGAGCUGAUGAUGAAACGAGUACCGAGAACCUUUAUGCUAAAACUAGAGCUGAAGGAUUUAAUAAUGUAGUUAAAAAUAGAAUUUUUGCUGGCAAUUACUUCCUUUUACGUAAAAACUAUGAUAAAUAUUUCCUUAAAGCACUCAAAGUCAGACGAUUAGUAAGUGAUGAUUUCAGCAAGGCAUUUAAGAAUGUUGACUUGUUACUUACACCGACUACACUUUCUGAUGCACCAUUAUUAAAUGAAUUUGUUAAGAAUCAUAAUAGAGAUCAAUGUGCUGUUCAAGAUUUUUGUACAUGUCCUGCAAAUAUGGCUGGAAUUCCUUCAAUUACAAUUCCUGUAAAGUUAUCAUCAAACAAAUUGCCAAUUAGUCUACAAUUAAUGGGUCCUAAUUUCUCUGAACAGCUUUUAUUUAGUACUGCUAAAUUUAUUGAGGAUUCUGUGGACUUCCUUUCUAAUUAUCAUAAAAUGUAGGCACUAAUUUAGUUAUAAAAUCAUUAAUAAUAAAGACACUUAAUAUUUAAUUUGAUCUGUUUAUGUUCAAAUGUAUGGAUUCCAAUGGAACCACAUGAUUGCGAGAUUCUCGUCUGAUGUUGCUUCCUCAAUAAUAAACUUUACUUGUCCUUCACUCGAUAGAGCUAUUCCAGAUGAUCCUUUAUAUUUCUUCACGACUCCUUUGAGCUUUUUAUCCACAUUCUCAAGAUUAAUCAUUGCUGCUGAAUCAAUUGUCUCACGGUGGUCUGCACUAGACUUUUUAGUGAUCAUAGGAUCGUAGAUGAAUGGACGUAAAUAAGAAAUUAAAGUAUUUUUCUCUUUUUGCAUUAAUUGAAGUGCUACUUCACAGCACUUUCUAAACGGUCCUUCAAUUCCCAAAGGUCCCAUUGCUUCAAUCAUUGUUUGCGUUAGUCUGAAUGGCACUG